UCUACCUUACAUCAGUUGCCAACUUGUCUUGGAUUGUGGCAAACUUUGCACCGCAAAGAUGGACGUAUUUCCACAAAUUACAUUUGAUUUAAAUUACGAAUGGUCAGACUCAAAGGAGGACGAAGGGAAGGAGAGAGGCCAGGAUACAUCAGCGCAAAUCAGGUGCGUUGAUAUGACAUCAGCUGACCUCGACAAAUUAGAGAAGAGCAAAAAUUAAGCCAACCUGCUUUGUGCUGAUGCAGUGCAAAGUUUGCCACAAUCCAAGACAAGUUGGCAACUGAUGUAACGUGGGGUGAUAUGUCUGUAAAAAGUCCCAGUGCGGUUGUACUCUGUAUCAGCACUCAUGGAAUGCCACUUGUCCAAUGAAAUUACAUGGUCGGAACUAACUGUUGCAUGAAUUAAAUUAAUACGGACUCAAACAUAUAACUUAAGCUUUGUUUCAGAGUGAAUUCUACAUAAACAUAAAGUGUGUCUUAUGCAGAUAUUAAAUAUAUAGGUAAUGCAUUUCAAAUGGCUUAUUCUGUCUCUAGUAACAAACUACACACCUUAAUUAUAGUUAUAAUUAUUUAAAUUAUAUAUACUGACUUAACAUGAUAGAAAAACUUGGCAUUAAGUGUGACCGUUUACAUCGACUUGAUGUGGAUAGCCUAAAAUGUAUUUGUCAAGUCAUAUUGUUGGUGGCAUCAGCCCACAGUGGAGCAGCUACAACAAGUGCUUUGCUUCAGGAUGUGGUAAACCAAACUGUUAUUCUGAACACUAGCAGAUUAGAGAUAAGAAAGCUAGAGCUUCCAUGGUGCUUACGUCUUGCAGACACACCUUUUUUCUUAGACUCUACAUCGAUUUGCAAACCAACCAACUGAAGUCAUUUCCUGAAUGCUGACAGGUUACCUUAAACGUAGUAUGUAGAGGCGUGGGCUUAAAACAGGAAGUCCUCUCUAAAGUACUCAUGCUCCGAUUCAGUUUUUAUCUGUUCAGAGGACUAAAUCAUUCACACAGGGAAGAAACUGUCGUUCUGCUGUCCAGAAGAUGAUGAAUACUACCACUUGUCCUCGUAUCAGCUUGGACUUUACAGGCAGAUUCCUGCUUCCUGUUUACAUCUUAGUGUUCAUCGUUGGUCUGAUAGCUAAUGGAUGGGGACUGAAGUCUCUGCAGCACAACUGGACAAAGCUGGGUAACGUCAACGUGUUUGUUUUCAACCUUGGACUUACAGAUGUUUUGUACCUGCUCACACUCCCAUUUUUGGUGGUGUACUACUUCAUGGGGAGUAAAUGGAUCUUUGGAGAAACAUUCUGCAAGAUAACAAGAUUCUGCUUCAAUGUGAAUCUAUACGGCAGCAUUGGAUUCCUGACUUGUAUAAGUGUGUACAGAUACCUGGCCAUUGUUCAUCCAAUGAGAGCGAUGGGAAGAAUAACUGUCACCCAUUCUGUGAUGAUCUCGGUCACAGUCUGGCUGUUGGUGAGUGUUCAAAGUCUUCCAGACAUGUUCUUCCCCAAGACAUUUAGAAACAAGCCUGAACAAUGCUUCGAUACCACGGAUAACGACCAUGUUGAGGAGUACCUGAAAUAUAAUCUUGGAUGGACCCUCACUGGGUUUUGUAUCCCGUUACUCAUCACACUGGGCUGCUACGGACAUGUGAUUGUUGUUCUCCGCAGCACAAAUACUAUUGACAAGUGCUCUCAACCCUCUGGUUUACCUCCAUGCACAUGAAGACAUUCGUGCUCAGCUCAGACAACUGAUCCAGCAAGCUCGUCAGGCUGUCAUGCGACCGUCCGCCCCCC